GAAAAGUUCGCGGCGGACUGGCAAAAGGCGGCGCGCCUGGAGAGGUGGGGCCCCGAGGUGUCCAGCGCCGUUGAGAAACGCCCGCUCCCCCUCCCAACUGAAGUGGUUCAGCCCGAGAUCUUUUCAUUCAUUAAAGAAAAGGCUCGGCGAGGAGCAAGUGAGUCAGAACCGAAGCAGCCGACGCGGACCCCACAGAGCAGCCAGCCAGGGCAUGUUCCGAGACUUUGGGGAGCCCGGACCGAGCUCCGGGGCCGGCGGUGCGUACGGCGGCCCGGCGCAGCCCCCCACUUCAGGCCAGCAGAAGUUCCACCUCGUGCCAAGCAUCAACGCUGUGAGCGGCAGCCAGGAGCUGCAGUGGAUGGUCCAGCCUCACUUCCUGGGACCCAGCGGCAGCUACCCCAGGCCUCUGGCCUACCCCCAGUACAGCCCCCCCCAGCCCCGGCCAGGAGUCAUCAGGGCCCUAGGGCCACCUCCAGGGGUGCGUCGCCGGCCCUGUGAACAAAUCAGCCCGGAGGAGGAGGAGCGCCGUCGAGUGAGGCGCGAGCGGAACAAGCUGGCCGCGGCCAAGUGCAGGAACCGAAGGAAGGAACUGACCGACUUCCUGCAGGCGGAGACGGACAAACUGGAGGACGAGAAAUCUGGUCUGCAGCGAGAGAUUGAGGAGCUGCAGAAGCAGAAGGAGCGUCUGGAGCUGGUGCUUGAAGCCCACCGUCCCAUCUGCAAAAUCCCGGAGGGGGCCACGGAGAGGGACACUGGCGACACAGGCGGUACCAGCGGCCCCAGCAGCCCACCGGCCCCCUCCCGCCCUGUACCAUGUAUCUCUCUUUCCUCCGGGCCUGUGCUUGAACCUGAAGCAUUGCACACCCCCACGCUCAUGACCACACCCUCCCUGACUCCUUUCACCCCCAGUCCGGUCUUCACCUACCCCAGCACCCCUGAACCUUGUGCCUCAGCCCAUCGCAGGAGUAGCAGCAGCAGUGGGGACCCAUCCUCUGACCCUCUGGGCUCUCCCACCCUCCUUGCCUUAUGAGGCAAACUACUCCCCCCCACCCAUGGGUGCCACCUUAGCCAAUGUCUCCCCACCCACUGGUCCAGCGGGUCUGGACCAUAUCCCAUGCUCAACCCCAGCAGGUUCUUCUCCAUCUCUCCAGAUGAGACUGAACAUAUUUUGCUCCCAAGUAGAGCCAGCUUGGGGCCAACCAAAGCUGCCCACUGUUUUUCUAGAGCUGGCUUUUCUAGCGGUUUGCACUAAAUCAGAGACAAAAGAUUUCCUAUUUGUUCGAGAGAACUCCUGGCAGCCCAAAAGGACUUUGCAACUCCCCAGAGGUCCUCUAGAGCCCUAUCUCCCUCCGGACCACACCUAUAGCUUCAUCACCCUCUUCCUGUGAUCCCCCCAAACCCACUCUGACAGGUGAUGAUACUCUACCAGCCUAGAACACUAACUCGCCUAGCUCCGCACUGCCAGCAGCACCAAGUAAUUGAACCAGGGCAUUCUGCUGGCCCCUCCUGAAUGGCAGGAGGGCGUCAGAGGCUUCUGUGAUGAGCUGACCUGCAGCCCCCAGCUCUGAGAAGACUUUAGCUCCGGGGAUCCAAGCCUCCACAACGAAGGCAGCUGCUAUUUAUUUCCCUACAGAGAGUAUUUUUAUACAAACCUGCCAAACAUGGAAUAAAAGGCUCGAAGCUCUG